AUGAAGUACAUUCUGGUCCAUGGCGGGGUCAUAUCUGGCGUAGGAAAGGGAAUCAUUUCUUCUUCCAUCGGCACAUUGAUGAAGUCAAUCGGUCUGCGAGUAACGGCCAUAAAGAUCGACCCUUAUAUUAACAUUGAUGCCGGUACUUUCAACCCUUAUGAGCAUGGAGAGACCUACGUCCUAAAUGACGGUGGAGAAUGCGAUCUCGACCUUGGAAACUACGAGAGAUUCAUCGGCUUGAGCCUUACAAAAGACAACAACAUAACAACAGGCAAAAUGUACUCAGAAGUAAUUCAAAAGGAGCGAAACGGAGACUAUCUCGGGAAGACAGUUCAAAUUAUUCCUCAUGUGACCGAUCACAUAAUGAACACAGUCGAGCGUGUGGCAAAGCUGCCUACAGAUGGUACCAAUCUUGAACCAGAAGUGUGUAUUAUCGAGCUUGGAGGAACUAUCGGCGAUAUUGAAUCAAUGCCUUUUGUUGAGGCGUUCCGUCAGUUUGAAUUUAAAAUUGGAAAGGAAAAUUUCAUGAAUUUGCAUGUUUCGCUUGUUCCUACUCCUGGAUCAGGAGAGCAGAAAACAAAGCCGAUUCAAAAUUCGGUUCGCACGCUGCGUGGUCAAGGAUUGUCCCCCGACAUGAUUGUAUGCCGCUGCAAAUUAGCGCUGGAAGACUCAACAAAGCGUAAAAUUUCACAGUUUUGCAGCGUCUCCGUCGACCAGGUCAUUUCCGUCCACGAUGUCGGAUCAAUCUACCGCGUGCCACUGAUCCUACAUGAGCAGAAAGUUACCAAGUUUAUCCGCGAGCGAUUACAGUUGCCGAAAUAUGUGGGAUCAAAAAACACUUUGAAAAAGUGGCGAGCAUUAGCGAUCAAGUCCGAAAAAUCCUUCAAAGAAGUGACCAUUGCUUUUGUUGGAAAAUACAUCCAACUUGAGGAUGCGUAUGUUUCAGUCAUCAAAGCCUUGAAACACUCUGCCCUUGCGAUCAACAGAAAGCUCGUUAUAAAAUUCAUCGACUCCGAAGACUUACAGAAUGAGGCCAAACUCGGUCACCCCGCUCGUUAUUACGAAGCUUUUCAAAAACUCUGCUCCGCAGAUGGGAUUCUCGUCCCUGGAGGCUUCGGGACCCGAGGCACAGAGGGAAAGAUCACAGCCAUCAACUGGGCACGAGAGCAUAAGAUUCCCUUCCUUGGAAUCUGCCUUGGCAUGCAACUGGCUGUAGUUGAGUUCGCUAGAAAUGUUAUGGGACUCGAAGGGGCGAAUUCAGCUGAGUUUGAUCCACAGACGAAACAUCCAGUCAUUAUUUCGAUGCCUGAACAUCAUACAGGCGUUAUGGGAGGAACAAUGAGAUGUGGUCAACGAACGACCAUCUUCAAAGAUAAAGAUUGUGUAAUGUUCAAAAUGUAUGGAAAGCAGGAAAAGAUUUCCGAGCGUCAUCGUCACCGAUACGAAGUGAAUCCAGAUUUUGUCCAAGAAAUUGCAGCACAAGGACUCAAAUUCGUCGGCGAAGAUGUCGACGGCGAGCGCAUGGAAAUCAUCGAGCUCAAGGAUCACCCGUUCUUCGUCGGGCUCCAAGCGCAUCCCGAAUUCGAAAGCAGACCGCUCAAACCAAGUCCGCCUUAUUUGGGCCUUCUGCUCGCCAGCAUCAAGAAAUUGGAAAACUACUUGACCAACGGAUGCAAUUUGAACACCGACGUGAUUGGAGAUGACUCGGACGAAGAGUAUUUGCGAGAAGAGGACUUUAGCAAGCUGAUGUUAGACGACGAUCGGCAGUCAUCAGCGAGCAGACGCGCUUCUGCUGUCUCAGCGUCGCCAGCUUCGUCAGAGACCGAGUGA